UUUUUCUCGUGAUUGAUUGUAAUAAUAAUUUUCAAUUCAAAACCUAAGAAAUGCUUAUGCAAUGAGCGAUGGUCGGCCUGUAAGCGGUCAGUUGAAGAAGUUUGUGUUUCGCGGCAAGUCCACAGCUAACGGGGACACUCGAGGAACGCAGUGCUGACUGGUCUAUCGAAGCUCUAUUGAAGAAGUGGGGACUAAAAGGCGCCCUUAUUGAUUUGGAUUCACUGAGCGAAAGCUCAGGUGUAGACUACAGAGCCUUGAUAGGCGAGCGAUCUUUGCACUUGUUGGAAAUAGUGUCUGUGUAGGGUAUGGCCAGCACAGCUCGGGCAGCGCGUCUAUAUGUGGGCAACUUGCCGUGGACUGUUGGACAUAGACAGCUGAGAGAGUACUUUGCCCAGUUUGGAGCAAUACAAAGCUCUAGAGUAGUAUUCGAUCGUUCUACUGGUCUCAGUAAAGGAUAUGGUUUCAUAGAGUUUGUUAGCCCAUCAGCUGCUGCUGAUGCCAUCAACAAGCAGGUUCAUACACUAGAGGGCUUGAAUUUAACAGUGCAAGCUCAAAAUAAUUAAGUACUUUAUCUUCUCAAUUAGCAUUCA